UCUUGCCUUUCGCCGCUCCGCCGGCGGCAGCCUCUUGGUUGCCGAUGAGAGCAGAACGGAGGGGAAAGGAAGAAAUAUCAUAAUAGCAACAAGAUAAGAAGGUGGCAGUUUAGUUGUGGAGGCCUUCGCACUAUAGUUUGCAGGAUGGUCGCAAGCAGGGAAGGAGAUUCCGAGGCUGAGCUCCAGACCUUAGAGGUGAGCAACUGCCGAGGCUAUGAAUUGGGCUUCAGCAUAGGAAAUAGAUUCUCCGGCCUCAUAAGGAGCAGGGUGGCCAAGGAUCAGCUUCUCCAGACUCAGCUCCGCCCUUUUGCAGACACCCCUCAAGGCCAUUCCCUUGUUGAAGCCCUCUCUGCUUCAAACAGGAAUAGGUACCCAAUAUACUGGGAUGAACUGCUAGGGACUGCUGAAGGAAGUGGUGCAUCUCUGCUUGAUAUCAUACUAAUGAACUUCAGAAAGGAAAUCCUUCCGUUCAUUCCCACAGUAAAACAAGUAGCAGAAACGGAGGUCAACAGUGACUGCUCAGAUGUUCUUGUUUUGAGUGAUACACUUGCUAUUGUAGCACACAAUGAGGAUGCCGCAACAGCCAUCAUCGGACACUUCUACUUGGUGAAGGCAACACUGCCGUCUGGAGUCUCCUUUACAGCCUAUACAUAUGCAGGGGAACUACCAAGCUGUGCUUUUGGCUUCAACAGCCAUGGACUGGCUUUCACUCUUGAUUCAGUGCCACCAUUGAAAGAAGAAAUUGUGGCAGGCGGUAUUGGCCGCAACUUUGUUUCCAGAGAUUUGCUUGAAGCAACAGGAAUUGAUGAUGCAUUACGGCGUAUUCGGGAGCCAAGUAUUUCUUUUGGACAUUGCUAUAACCUUGUCGACAUAAGAAGCCGCAAGAUAUUGAAUGUAGAAGCUGCAUCCUGCAAUAGAAUGUCAGUUUAUGAGGUUGGGCCAACCCCAUUCUUCCAUGCAAACAUGUACCUUCACCUUCCCAUUAAGCAGGCACAAGAUGAAAAUUCGAUUAGUCGACAAGCAAGAGCAGCUCAACUCAGCAAACAGAAGGAAGAAGACAUCCUCUCCCUUCUCGGAGAUUCAACUGGCCAAAAAUUUCCAAUUUACAUGGAUGGACCGACACUGAAGACGUCUUGCACGGUAUUGAUCGACGUGGACAAGCGAACUUUGUCAAUUCUACAGGGGAAUCCCAAGGACAGAAAGGUUUCUCAUGUCUUCUGCAUAUCCUAGACGGAUCUAGAAUACAAUCUGCCUGCAUUAUGAAGCUCAUUUGUGCAAGGAAUAGCCAAAAUUCUAUGUGGGGAACUUUCACGUUGCUCCCAUCUUUUCUUUUCUUUCAAUAAAAUCAAGCACGAAAGUUUGUGUGACUCCUCC